GAGAGCCAAAUAUUAGCAGGGAGAGAAAGAGAGAUAGAGAGAGAGAGCGAGAGAGGGAGGGCUGCUGUUGAAGAGAGUAUCUGCAGUUGUCCUCAAACCUCCAGUGAUUCAAUGCCCCACUGUUCUGUUUUGCCGGUUAGACUGCGCGUGUGCCCCUCACAAGGUGCGUCAGUGAGAGUGUAUGAAUGCCUGUGUGAGAGCGGGAGUGCACGUGCGGGGAUCGGAACAGUGUGGAGCCACUCAUUCUGCGGACUGAUGCCCUCUGCUUCUGCCAACAGGACGCACAGAUUUACCUGCGCAGCAAAGAGACUGAACAACAAGGACACUUAUGGGACUGUAGAAAAAAGAUUUCUUGGGCGUCCAUGACUUUAAGAACUGGGCAGACCUCUCCUUCUUUUCCUUCUUAAGUUCGGAAUUGCAAACACAAAUUCGCCUACUGUGCCAUUGCGGAGAGUUGGACGGGACCCUUGAUCAAUCAGCAUAUUGAAAAGAGAAGACAUCUGGGAAACUGACAAAAUUAAGAGCUAGGGAACGCUGGUGGAUGUGAGGAAACGAGCAGAGAAGAAAUAGGAGAGCAACAUGGAGACAAAAAGUAGAGGACAUCUGAGAAGAAGAGAAGAUACUUCAGAAAGAACUGUGUGCUGUCUUUUGCUCACACUGAUUUUUGGUGUGUGUUGUGUGCAUGCUCUAGAGAUGUCAACCGGUAAGGUUCCAUUUUUGGAAGCGGUGAAUGGCAGUACAGUUCUCCUCCCCUGCACGUAUUCCAGCUGUAUUGGGAUCAAGGAUCUGUACUUCAAAUGGGAGUUCAAUGAUAAUGGCACCAUGCAGAAGUUGGCUGACGCUGUAAUUCCACUGGAUAACGUGGAUCCUAAAGUGAAUGUCUACCAUAGCAGGGUGGACUAUGUUGGCUCCAGUAAAGGAAAUAAUAUCUCUAUCCUUCUGUGGAAUGUAACGUUUGAUGACGCAGGUGUCUACACCUGCUUUGGCAAAAACCCCAAAGAGAGGAGCAAGAAUCACAGUGCCAUUUUUACUCUGUAUGUGGUAGAGGAAUUAAGGCAGGUUGAUAACACGCUCACAAUCAUCAUUGCCUCCUGUGUUGGUGGAUUCAUUGCCGCGUUAAUGGCCUUCAUGCUGAUAAAGAAUUUCACUCUGUUCGUACUCUCAAAGAUUGAAGAAAAAAAUAAGGAGUGCCUUGUCACCUCCUCAGGGAUUGAUAACACAGAGAACGGUCUGUCGGGCUCUAAAUCAACACCAAAGAAGGCAUGAGAGAGUGCACAAACACAGUUACACAUGCACAUGGAAAUGGCAUGGAUCAGCCAUCAUGUUGCGCCCUCUCUGUUUAUUCAUAUGCGUGUCCACAAGUGCUAUUAGUUACUUUAGUUGCAAAAAGAGCCAUGACAUCAAGACUUAGAAAGUUUCUGUAGAAGAAAUUCCCUUCACAUUGUUUAUUUAUUUUUUUAAGAUACGAAUGAAAAGAGGGGGCAUUAUGUAUUUCUGCAUAUAUUAUAUAUGCAUUUAAAUAUGCACCACAAACAUGCAGCCUCACACACUUUAGUUAAGUGGCUCAUACCAAGCCUGUGGACUGCAUUUCUAAUAUAUCUCUAAUAUAUAUUUAUUUUCAUCUAACAAUGCUUGAAAUGUACGCUGUUCUGUUAUUUGCUCCUUGAACUGGACUGUGAAACUGUGAUGCCUGACUAAAAUGGUUAAGAAAUUGGUGAAGGUUUGCCAACAUGUGCAUUAAGUUAAAGCUAGCUCUAAGCAUAAUUCUUGAGUAAAGGUCUUAUGGUUUUUAAAUACAGAUGAGCUCCUGUUGUCAAAUGGCUGUCAAAUUUGUGAGAAAUCAUUAAUAGUUUAUGUUGCUAUUUUUCACCCUUGACCGAGACAGACAGUCAAUGCUGCUAACGUAACUGUAUGUUUUAAUGCAGUAGUGGAUAGAAACAAAAACAAAAAUAGCAAAAUUCUGAUUGUUAUAAGCAUGGGCAGAAUUUGGCCUUUAUGUAACAGUUGUGAGUCCAGUUCAAUAGAAACAUUUUCCAUCUUUGCUUGAAAUUGAAUCACAUGUGCCUGUUAACGCUUCUGUCGCCACCUAUUGGUGAGUAAGACUGAAAAAUGCAAAACAUUAUAAUGCUAAAAUGAUAAAAGAAUAACAAUAGUAAAACCGCUGCAAAACCGCAAAAGCCCCCAAGCAGUUAGUAACUACAAGCUAGUGAAUGAUACUUGACAAUCCGUAGAAAUCAGUGUCCCCUUAGAUUAAACCCUGAAUGAAACACUGACAAUGCUGCUUCGAAUAAUUUCCUGUGCAUUAUAGCAUGUGCUAAAUGGCCAGAAUUUUUAGGGCUACGUGGCUCACUAUAACUGUAGAAACAAUGCUUUUCUAUUGUACUAUUAAAAUACAUCUGUCAUAUUCUAACUUAAUUAGCAUCAGCUUUAAAACGGAAAAAAUGGCUUGGUUAAUUGCCAUGCCAAACAAAAUAUAAAUACCAAAAAUGGGAAAAAGAAUUGCAAACAGACAUACUGUGACUUAUAAAUCAUAUACAACUCACUCUGUGACAUCAUGAAAAUGCAAUAUUUUAAAGCAAUAAACUUAUCAUAAAAUCAUGCACAACAAUAACAAAAAAAUAGAACAAUGUAAAUAACGAUUAAACAAAUGAAUGUACGUUUUCAGACAUUUCAGGGACUGACGUCAAACAAGGUCUAUUCUUUCAAUUAGAAAUUAAAUAAAAUGUCCCAGUAAUUUAAGAUAUACAGCAGAUAUAGAAUAAAUUUUCACAAAAUGCUUCUAUAAAUAUAUAAACAUACAAAUAUAUCAAAUGAAAGAACUGGCCAUUUGCUUCCAAACAAACAAGCAAAAUGGGAAAAAACUUUCAUCCUAUCUUUAUUAGUUCUCUUUUUAUAACCUGAAUAAAUAUUGGUAGGUUUCUUCAAAAAUACAACAUUUUGAUCAAAAAGCUGAAGUAAUUGCAUUUUUGUAAAGGAAUUUGUUAGAAAUCAGAUUCAGAACGAUGAUCAAAACACACACGGAGUUUAAAAUGUUGUUAAAUAAGUUUUUGCUUAUAAAUUGGUAAUCUAGUGGAUAAUAGCGUUAUUACAGAUUACCGUAAAAACUUGUCAGGAAAGCGUCAUUAGCAGGGAAAUGUUUUCUCUUAAUUGACAAGAUAACUCCUCAAUGGCGGGAAAAGAGUUUAAUGUCAAAAUAAUCCAUUCGAAAGGGGUUUUAGUUGAAAUAUUACAUUUAAUAACAAGAAAUGUUUCAAAUCAAUCAUGCAAUAAAUAAGUGUCAAUCUACCUUGCAAAUACUGAAACACCAUACCCUCCCUGUAGAUCUAAUGUAACUGAAAACCAGUGAGGAUUUUAAAUUUCACCUAUUGGUGGCAAAUUUUCUUGUGAAUCCAUGGUAAUGUCACAAAACUCUCACAAAUCUUCCUUGAACAAAGCAGCUUGAUUUCAGUGCCAAAAAGGGUAAACACCAGAUAAACAGUCAAAUGAUAAUGUUUGUUCAGUAUAGAGCACAAAAAUUGGUGAAAUCUGCACUUUUAAAAACCUGAUAAAAAUGUAUACUGUAUAAUCAUAGCUCUUCUCUCACAUCCGUUGAGUAUUGUUCAUGUAUUUUUAAAUUUCAUUUAAAAAUUAUGUUUUUGUAAGUUUGCAUAGCUAAUGUAAUCGUAAUUCUGUUUCUAAAAAGGUUAGUAAAAUGUAAACCAUAAUCAUAUUAGUUAAAUGGAGGUUGAGUCAGGGUAGUUUAGGCAGUUGCAUUUAAACUAACAGAGUGUUCUGGAUACCUUCUGGCCUUUAUUGAGCUGUGAUGAUAAAGAUUUACAUUUUGAUUCUCACCUAUAUAAUUGCAAAUAUCUUAUAUUUUUAAUGUAUUGCAAGAGCACACAGCAUUUGACAUCAUUAAAGCAAUACACAUUCAGGGGUUCUUUAGCUUCAUUUAAUACAUUAAUAUGUUAUAGAUUGUAAAGGGUUCGUAGUCCUACCUCUAAUUAUUCAAAAAAUACUUUCACCAUGACAAACCUGCAUAUGUUUUUACAUUUAAUAUUUGCACGACUUUGGAAGAAUAGACAUUUUCUCAGGUUGUUUUCGGGUUGGACGUCUCAAUGGCCAGCUUAAUAUGGGCUUUAGGAUCUUAGGGCUUUUUAAUUAUUACAACUAAUUAUUUUUUUAUUAAUUCUUUGAACUAAUGCACUUUUAAAACCACUAACAUAUCAGUUUUGGUUGGGUUAGGAAUUUGUCAUGGCAAUUUAAACAAAAAUUGUUUAAAAUGCAGUUUGGAACUAUGCAGAAUGAUAGAUUUUUGUGCUAGAAUGAGCAUUAUUCUCAUCUUAAGCAAUAUUAUUUUUCUGGAGAGAAAUAUUGAUAUACACUGCUAUCAUAUUAAGAGGGAAUGCAAAAACACACAGUAAGUUGAUGUACAUGUGUUUUCUGUGUUUAUGCAUUUCAUGUUGCAGUUUGAAACAAGUUUCUUUCCGAAAUGUCAUGCAAAAUAAAAAUACAAAAUCCCCAUUUUGAUAUUGAACUGAUCAUGAAUUGAGUGUUUGUACAAAUUCUAAAACAUUCAACUUGUGUCAAAUGUCCAUGUAAUAUGUUGCUUGCAAGCUAUAAAAUAUUAGGCAUCAGAGAGUGGCAGUGACUGAUCAAGACUUAUUCAGAUGCUGUAUAAAAUACUGAGCUAGAUCAGUUUGUUAAACAAUGUAAAACCAGGGGGAAUAAAGGCCUUCAAAUCCAGCAAAGGCUUUAUUGAAAAUUACCUGCUCAUUUGCACCAAUCCUGAGCCUCAAUCUUAUACAGAUGACAUUGUUUGACAUCAGUCCCCUACCAAACUGAAUGCAAAACAUGCUUAAGCAUAGAGGCUCAUUUAAGCCCAAAAUCCUGAAUCUUUGUUUCUGCCGUUUCCUUAAGACAAUGUGCAGGCCUGUUAUUCCCCAUGGAACUGCACAACCAUG